AGGAAGAACCACCCCAUGCACCCAAUGCUCAUGCUGCUGGGCCUUGCUGCCCUCCUGGGUGCCUCCCAGGGCCGCACGGAUUGCUAUGGCAGUGUAAACAGAAUUAAAACCUCUGGGGCUUCAUGCAAAACUGCAAAGCCAGAGGGUUUAUCCUACUGCGGAGUUAGUGCUUCAGAAAAGAUCGCUGAACGGGACCUAAGAGCUAUGAAUCAAUAUAAAACACUCAUUAAGAAAGUUGGCGAAAAACUGUGUGUCGAACCAGCCCUGAUUGCUGGCAUCAUCUCCCGGGAAUCUCAUGCCGGCAAAGCACUGAAGAAUGGCUGGGGCGACAAUGGAAACGGAUUUGGUUUAAUGCAGGUUGACAGAAGAUCACAUAAACCUGUGGGACAAUGGAACAGCGAAACUCAUCUUACCCAGGGCACAAACAUACUUAUCAUGAUGAUAAAGACAAUAUGGAGCAAGUUCCCACACUGGACAAAAGAUCAACAGCUGAAAGGUGGGAUUUCUGCCUACAAUGCUGGUGCUAAGAACGUCCGAAGCUAUGACAGAAUGGACAUCGGCACCACCCACGAUGACUACUCCAACGACGUGGUUGCACGAGCCCAGUAUUACAAGAAACACGGAUACUAGACUUGGUAAUCUCUACUGAGUAACUUCCUUACCAUCACCUGCACAACACCCCUGAGCGAGACAAGACACAGAGCAGCUGUACCCUGCAAACCCAUAGAAAUGCAAAUCUACAGGAAUGAUUUACAUGAACAAGAAUUUGCAGACUAAAUCCCUGAAUUUUUAAAACAAUAUUCAGUAAGACAGCAGUCAUGUACUUUCUUUACAAGCAAUAUGGUUUGGAUUUUACAAAGGGAAUAUUACCAAAUCUUAAAUUUUUUUUCUGCUAUCUACAUAUUUCUCUGAGUUACGAGGACUAUCUUGUUUUGCUAUUGAUAAUUUGCUGCUUUCCAGAUCUUAAAACACAUUUCUGGCAAAAUCUGUCAUUCUCUUAAGAAAUCAAAAGGCAAAAUAGUUCCUUGGGUAUUAGCUUCAUGAUUUAUUUUUUCAAAGCUGCUUGAUAUGUACAUUAUGAUGUGGAGUAGUCAUUUUUUUCUGAAUGCUAAUUUUUCAUAUAAAAGCAUAGAAUAGAGAUGGAUGUUUUCAGUCAUACAGAAAUAAGCAAACAGAAAUUGAAUAAAAGUGUUAUCAGCA